AUGCAUGUUACAGACUUAACUUUGAUCAACUUAAACUGGGGUUCUUUCGAAUAUCUCUCUAUGGAACAGCAAUGGAAAUACUCGAUCACCGCAUUCAUUGCUGCUCUCGGAGGUUCCAUCGGAAUGUGGCUUGGACUGAGUAUACUCUCACUUAUCCAGCAAGGUAAGAAAAGUCAUUUCUUAUAA